AUGCUGGCCGUGGCGCAAGCGCAGCCGCGGCACUCGUCCGCCUACCGAUGCUGUGUCGACCGGCACUUGAGAAUCGGCAUCUGGAACUUUUCGCUUGCGCCGAUCAACAGCUACGACAAUGCGACCCGCACGUGGUCUGGCUACCUUGCGGACCGAAUCCAGAUGCUGUCCGAUGAGCUCGGCUUCUCGUACGAACUUGUCGGAGUACCCACAAUCAAUCCAUGGCUCCGAAACAAGGACGGCAUCAGUGAUGCCUGGUCACCUGCCGGCGGGGUGCUGAGUGGCACGCUUGACACAGAACUGAUCAGUGACAGCAGCGACCUGCCCUCCCACAACCUCUCAUCGCUUCUGCUCGACCCGCGAUUUGCCUACACGAGCUCACUAAUUACUACCAGUAUGGGCGCCCUCGUGCACACGACCACCCGGCCGCCCUCGAUCUGGCAGCUGUUUGAACCGUUUGACAACAAGCUCUGGGUCGCGAUCGUCUCCGCCCUGCUCGGCUAUGCUAUGCUUCUCGUCCUCCUAUCUGGCGCGCUCAGCCGUUGCUCUAGGCGCAACCCUACGGCGCCACUGACCAACAUGGUCUCCUCCUCGUAUCAUACCGUCUCCGCCUGCUUUGGCGGCGAGGACUACGAGUGGAUCAGCGGGCCAAUGAGGCUACUGAGGCUCUCGCUGCUCGCGUUCGUCCUGGUCACGGGCUCCUGCUACACCGCCAACCUGGCUGCCUUUUUCAACCGUUCAAAUGUAGAAAUACGUGGGCCGAAGGAUGCAAACGGCUUCAAGGCCUCCGUCGUCUGUAUAGCCAGAGAAUUGGCUUCUCAGAUCCACCCUUACGUGAGCGGCGUUGUCCGCAUCGGUGGAAUUCAUGACAAGACCGACGAGGCAGAGGUGGCGCUCGAGCACCUUCGCACCGGCACCUGCGAUGCGUGGGUGAAUAAUCGCUACUACCUUCAGAGCCAGCACCUCCAACGCUGCGAGACAACUAGGCUUCUCUCCUUCGUCGACAUCAUCCCUAGCCCGGCCGGCCGCGCCUUUGUCGAGACGUCUUUCCGUGUUGGCGAGACCUGCUCUGCGCCCUUGACUGACGCCCAGACGAUUUCCGUCGAGUCGAUGACAGGAUUAUUCUACAUCUGCGGCGGGGUGGCCCUGCUAUCCCUGCUGUUUGCCUGCUGCCGCUCCGCCCUGGCGGGCAUUCUUCGUCGCUCGGGCCACGUGGCGCCCGACCGAUCGCUCGACCACACAGCCACCGACGGCGAGAUGCUCCGGCUACUGAUUGAGAAGGUGAGCAGCCUACAGAGCGAGCUCGCAGCGCUCAAAAGUGCUGACGGUGAGGCGCCGCAGCGGCCGGAGAGGCACCAUUGGCAGUCAGCGCGCCGCCUCUCUUCGCAAGGGGGCGCUGCCGCGCAAUGGAGUGACGCCGAGCCGCCGUUCAGCUUUGCAGCGGCAGCCAGGUUCCGGCUGGCGGCGCGGAAGGUUGGGCGAGGAUCGCGGUCGCAGUCGCAGUCGGCAGGUAGGGCGCGGCCGAGAGGGGCGGCGGGUGCGGGUCCAGGCUCACCAUGA